GUUAUUUAUAUGUAACAAACUUCAAAAUACGGCAGAGAACUCCGGGAGUGAAAAGAUCCAGGAACAAAAGACACAAAAGUGCUCAGCAGCCAUGGAUAAAAUGAAAGAUUUGAGUCUGAAAGACACAAUUACCCGAAGUGAGUUAACUGAGUUGGAAGGUGUUCUCAUCACAAAACCAAUGGUCACCACGUGGGAUCAAGUAUACAAGUUCAAAGCCAGACCUGAUGAUGUGCUUAUUUCAACCUAUGCAAAAGCAGGUACCACAUGGACGCAGGAGAUAGUGGAUAUGAUUCAACAAAAUGGAGAUAUUGAGAAGUGUAGACGUGAAACAACUUACAAACGCCAUCCUUUCCUUGAGUGGUUUAUUGCUGAGCCUCCAUCUGAACGUUACUCAGGUAUAGAGUUAGCUAAUGCCAUGCCAUCUCCAAGAACAAUAAAAACUCAUCUGCCUGUGCACAUGAUACCUCCCUCCUUCUGGGAACAAAAUUGUAAGAUAAUCUAUGUGGCAAGAAAUGCAAAAGACAACCUGGUGUCAUAUUACCAUUUCCACAGAAUGAACAAGGGAUUGCCUGAGCCAGGAACCUGGGAGGAGUUCGUGGAGAAAUUCAUGAAUGGACAAGUGCUCUGGGGUUCCUGGUAUGACCAUGUAAAAGGAUGGUGGAAGGCAAAAGAUAAGCACCGUAUUCUCUAUCUCUUCUACGAAGACAUGAAGGAGAAUCCAAAGCAAGAAAUUCAGAAGAUUGCAAAGUUCCUGGAGAAGGACUUGAGCGAGGAGGUUCUAAACAAGAUAGUCCACCACACCUCAUUUGAGGUAAUGAAGGAAAAUCCCAUGGCAAACUACACUAAAGACUUUCAUGGAAUAAUGGAUCACUCCAUUUCCCCAUUCAUGAGAAAAGGGACUGUUGCAGACUGGAAAAAUCAUUUCACUGUGGCACAGAAUGAGAAAUUUGAUGAAGAUUAUAAGAAGAAAAUGUCUGAUACCCCUCUUGUUUUUCGCACGGAAUUGUGAUUAUUUGCAAUGGGAAUUAAUGAUCUUCAGUCUUUUCCAUGUCAUAUAUUUUGCCUUCACAAAAUGCCAAUGAUCCUAGGAUUUCCAUUUCUCUUCACACCCCAUUG